AUGUAUCUCCCUCGGCAGCUCAUCUCACACCUCUACCUACAACUCCUCCGAUCUCACCACCCACUUUCACCACCCGUCUUGAUUCUCGUGGCAUUAGAGCCAGACGCGCUAUGUGCCUGCCGAAUUCUCACAUCUUUGUUAAAACGCGACUAUAUCCCUCAUAAAAUCCAACCAGUUGCAGGAUAUGGCGACCUGUCGCGUGCGGGGGAGGAGCUGGUCCGCCCGAUGCAGACCACUAAUGGCGGCAGCGGAGGAGUUGUCGUCUGUCUCGGAGUAGGGGGCCUAGUGGAUUUAAGCGAGAUACUGGCGUUGAGUAACCCCGAGGACGAGGAGGAAGAUAUGGGAGGCGUGGAGAUCUGGGUAUUUGACGCGCGACGGCCGUGGAACCUGGGGAACGUCUUCGGUGGACAAGCUGGGAUGGGGCAACCUAUGGCUGAAAUCGACGCCAAUGCGCGACGGCAAGGACGCGGGGUUGAUAAAGGGUGUAUCACAUCCGCUUACACGUCGAAGAAUGGCGGAAUCAUCGUGUAUGACGACGGAGACAUUGAGGAAGAGCUUCGCAACGAACGAGAAGCAUAUUACGCGUUACUUGAGAUGCCAGAGGUAGACGACGACGAAGAUGACGCGAGUGAUGACGGAUCUGAAGACGAAACGCAAACAGGGUCGAAAAAGCGCAAAUCCUGGUCAGGUCGCGAAGACGAUGAGGAUUCAGAAGGUGAUGAGCCGCCUCAUCAACGGAGGAGAAGCAAUUCGGGAUCCUCUAUUGCCUCGUCUCCGACUCGCCGGACAAAGACUGGAAUCAAUUCUUCGAACUCCUCGCGGUCUGCGACACCGACAACUGAUUCGCCAUCCCCAGCCGAGGCAAGACAACCAUCAGCGCGGUCGUUAAAGAAACGUUUGAUUAAACUAAAGCGAAAACACGACUCCGUUCUACAAUCAUACUAUUCGUCGGGAACCUCAUACUCAGAACCAAUUUCGUCACUGAUCUACUCUCUGGCAUCCGAGCUUGGACGAGAUGACAAUGACCUGUUGUGGCUUGCUAUUGUCGGUGUCUCCAGCCUGGAACUCAGUGGUCGAACAAUGACUGGAGUGGGUAUUUCGAACACAUCAGAAUCAGGAGGCUCAGCAGGCUGGGGUGGCCAGCGUGGUGAACACAUUCGCCAAAUACUUCGCGAUGAAGUGCAUCGUUUGAACCCGCCUGAUCCUUUAGAAGCAAAUCGUGACAUCCGAGGAGAAAUCAACGGUGUCAUCCCAACAACAGCUAGAUCACCCACCGAUACUUCCAUCCGUCUUUCUCCCGAACCGCGAUUCCUUCUUGUCCGACACUGGUCUCUAUACGAAAGUAUGCUCCACAGUCCUUAUCUCGCCCCAAGGCUGCAUGUUUGGACCGAGAAUGGCCGCAAACGACUACACAAACUUCUAGCCAAGAUGGGAAUUAGUCUGACCCAGUGUCACCAAUACUAUACCCACAUGGACAUGGAGUUGAAGCGUGUCCUACGAUCACGUCUGCUCAAGUACGCCCCUAUGUAUGGCCUGGAUGGGCUCGUGCCAUCAGAGGGCACUGGGAGUGCGAGUGCCCGUGAGGGCUGGGGAUUUGUGCGUUGCUGGGGCUGGAAGGCAUGCCUCUCGGCCACAGACGUGGGUGUUAUUGUGGGUGCAAUGCUGGAAGUUGGGCCACAUGAGACUUUGGCUUCUUGGGACGCUAAACGUCUGCCGCGAGUACGCGACGAUACAGAAAACAGUGGAGUCACAGGCGAAUCUGACUUGGCUAGUCUGCUACCUCGAUUCUGGAGCGCGUACGAUGCCCUUUCAUUAACGUCCGAAUCACCCACGAUUCUUCUAGAGUCUUUGCCUCUGGCUCAGCAUCUACACCGUGCUAUCCUUCGCACUGGUACUUCCUUACUCUCUAAGCAUCAAAUCCGUCACCUUCGAGCAUUCCGCAUUGCCGUGGUCAAGGAUGGACCUGACGUCAAACUCUUUACAAACCCCGGGGCCUUGACGAAAUUGGCCCUGUGGAUCGCCGAAGCCAUUCGAGUUCAAGAGAAAGAGCGUGGUGACUCAGUCAAGAUCGGUCGGAAGAGAGCAGCAGGAACUCCUCUCGUCCUUGCUGGCCUCGAUGAAGACCGCGAUCUCUAUGUAGUCGUCGGCACUGGUGGCGGCGGCGGUGUCGUUGACUUCGCCGCCAUGGCCAAGCGCCAGGAGGAGCGCAAGAAGAAGAAAGAUGCUAAGGAAAAGAAACAGAAAGAGCAAUCAGAGCGCCGAUCUCAACGAGCAGCAGAGCGUGCCGAACGAGAAGAAGAGACUGGUGCCGAAGACGAAGAAUCAGAAGAGUCCGAGUCCUCAUCGGAAUCAGAGUCCGAGGACGAGGAAGAUCCGCGUGGAAAGAAGCAUCUUCUCCGCAACCGAUUUGGUAUUGCCUUCCAGGAGGUAGUCCAGGAGACGAAUGCGCGUGUGCGCAUCGACAGCUUCGAGCAUUGUGUUGUCGAGGUCCAGAAGGAUGACCUCGGUGGCUUCCUCGAAGCAUUGAGUUUCCGCAGUGUGGUGGGCUAA